CAAAUAUCACAUCUCCAUCUCGUUCUCCUCGCCCUGCUUCUGGGUUGUUCUUCUGUUGGUCGUAUCAUAUAGUUAUUCCACUAAAACCGGAGCCACCACCUUUGUUGAAAUAUCACUAGACCCAAACACACCCAUGUCCAGAAAAGGAGGAGCUACGCUGCAAAAGGAUGUUCCAUGGAGGGCAUCCCCUUCUGUCAAGCCCAUCCCCAAAAUUCACCACUCCCCUGUUCUUCGCCUCUCUCAUAAUCCUUAUUCAGAUUACGCCCUCUCUGUAAUGAAGCACCCAAAUCCAAUUGGAAGUGGGUUAGGAAAGGAGGCUAUAGUGGAAGCAGCAGGACCAGAUUGCAUUGUACCAGGACAGAUUGCACCCGUUAAGUUACUUGGUCUGAAGGUGUGGCCUGUUGACAUCAACUUGAAAUUUAUGGAACCAGUUGGACGAGAACUCCAGGCAAUUGGGAAGUUCAUGGAUUCAGCCGUUGACCUUAUGAACAAAUCAUUUAUAGACCGUUAG